AUGUCCUGUCCCAGUGGCAACCCGAUGAUGAAAAUGAAGAUGGAAUCCGAUUCGCACAAACCUGGUCAUUUCAAAUGCAACUCGGAAAGAGGGUGUCCUGAUGGAUACAAGUGCAUGGGCAUGGCAUACGGCAAAAAGCUUUGCUGCCCAAGUGAACAUGGAAUGAAAGAUAUCUGCAGCAUGACGUACAACUCUGGCAAGCAGUGUGAUGACGAGUCUGCAUCGCCUCAACAAACGAGGUUUUACUACAACCACCGCGACGGACGCUGCCACGACUUCACAUACAGGGGAUGUUCUGGAAAUGAAAAUAAUUUUGUUUCCAAGGAGGCGUGCGAGAAACGAUGUCACAGGAAGGAGAAACCAGGCAAAUGCAUGAAAGUGAAAGCGAACACUGGCAAGAAGGGGCACUGCCCCAGCAGCUGUAUGAGUGAUGCUGAUUGUGAAGGUGACAAGAAGUGCUGCAUGACGUCGUGUGGAAUGAAGUGCUCUCUGCCAUACAAUGACACCGUCUCUGCUGUUUGUAAGAACGGGUUCCCUCUGCACAAGAAGGAUGGUGACGUGUUGAUGUGUUCGCGUGCGCGCCGGUGUCCUGAUGGCUACACCUGCCAUGUUCCACCGGCUGAUGGAGGCGGAUACUGCUGUCCUGAAGAAGACAAGCCAAUUGACAUUUGCCACCAGCCCUCUGACGGUGGUCCGUGUAAAGCAACUAUGAGGCGAUAUUUCUUCAAUUCUCAAACUCAGCAGUGUGAACAGUUUAUCUAUGGAGGUUGCCGUGGCAAUGAGAAUAACUUUUUCAGUCUUGAAGAAUGUUGCAACUCAUGUGGAGGGAAUGCAACUCGCUGUAAGAGUGGCGUGUGCCCGAGACCGAAGAACUACCUGACGACGUGUGCCCGACAGUGUGAGGUGGACGCGGACUGUCACGGCAAACAGAUCUGCUGCUACAACGGGUGUGGAAGGAAGUGCACUGCUCCUGCCUUAAGCUCUAAUACAACCUACAAUUGCUAUGAAUAUCUGGAAAUGGCAUACUACAUGAUGAACAUAAAGACCGAGUCGUGCAACAUUGUCACUCUUCCCAGGUGUAACCGUGACGGGAGCUGGAAGAGGCAGCAGUGUACAGACACUCUAGGAGUGUGUUGGUGUGUUGACAAGACUGGCACAGUGAUACCCGGCUCCAAAAAAAGGGGCGUCGCCAACUGUGAGGAGA